CUGCAAUCCGUGCGCCUUUGCGCAGAUGGUGAACAUGUUGACCGUGCAAUUGAUUAGUCACCGAAUCUUCUACAAUGGAUGUAAGCUGAAGAACUGAUUACGUUAAGACCUGAGCCUGCCGUUUCCCAGGCAACUUUUUAUAAUUAGGGAGUCUUAUUUAUUUGUUGUUGAAAUGCAGGUGACAGCUCGGUUACCAUUUGUCCUUACUUUGGCUAUGUUCUGUCCCUGGGUAGUAUCAGAAGCCGAGAUUCUGUGCUUUCAUGCUCAGUCCGUAAGAAAAGGCACCCAAGUAAGUUUUCUUCUUGGGGAGAAUGGGACACUUGCAAAGUCUUUAGUGUUGUAUUCAAGCAUUUGGAAUGAAGACCGUCAGCUUGUGUACUGCAAAACAAAUGAGAACGAUGUGGUCAUCGGACAGUAUCUCUCUUUAUGUCGUAGAAGGCAAAACUCGAAAGUUGUUGAAAUAUCUGCAAACAGUUACAAUUUAAGUGUAAUAAUGGGACAGGACAGCCCUUGUUAUGGACGUGACACUUCAAUAUCAGAGAAGAAUGACCCACAGGGAACGCAAACGGGAAGACGGACCUCAGGAAUCAGAAGGCGGACAAAACGUGCUAUUAUUUUUCCAGGUACCCUAUGGUGCGGCACUGGUAGCAAAGCCCUUGAGUAUGAACAGCUCGGCAUGUUUGAGCACACCGACAGGUGCUGCCGCGAGCACGACCACUGCUCCAGUGUCAUCCACUCCUUCACGGUGGACUUCGGUGUAUUCAACAGCAACCUCUUCACUGUCUCGCACUGUGACUGUGACCACAGAUUCCGUCAGUGUCUGAUGGACGUGAACGACCCCAUCUCCCACAUGGUGGGCUACAGCUUCUUCAACAUUCUCCGGCUGCCCUGCUUCCAUUUCGCCCAGAGGAGGCAUUGCUCCAACCUCAACUGGUGGGGGAAAUGCACAGAAGUUGAAAUGGCACCGUAUGCGGUUUUCCAGACUCAAGCUCUAUAUAAUGCUACCUAUUUGACCUCUCGAACUAAGGAUCCUGCAAGUCACCAUGUGACUUUCAAGCCCUCAGUUAAAGCCCCCAUCUCAUCUCGAGUGAAGCCUGUGUCUCUCCCAAACUCUGGUAAACGAAAGCCAGUAAAAGGGAACACAUUCCAUCAAAAGGGGAAGAAAACGAGGAAAUCUCAGAGCCGCAAAGCCAAGAAAGUGACUCCAAGUCAGUCAACUACACAAUCGGUUACCCCUCUACUGAGAAAGACUUCAUUACCAUCAACGGUGCAAACUUUUCCAACAGUUGGGGAUGUCAAUAACACAGAGAAGAAUGCAUCUUUCAUUUUUAACCCACAAGCCACAUUACAACCAUCGGAAAUACCAGGCAAAAACACAACAAUGUCUCAAAUGGCGCCAGCAGAGAAGCUAAGGAAUCCUUCUUCAACACGGGCACCUGCAGCGUCAACAACACGCUUUCUUAAUCAGACAGCGCCACCAAGUCCACAACCGUCUAACCAACCCACACAGCUUCAGCAUCAGCAACGGCCAUGUGAACCAAGAGGUUCCCCCAGAGGAGACACAUUCCUCCCCAGUCACCCUGGGGGAGAGGCCUGCGUGGAACCAGAGUCGCCCCUGGCCGCGGGAGACGCAGGGGAGGAGAGUGGACAUCACAAAGGCAUGAUUCAAAUUCCAGUCGCUCAGACAUCAAGGUCAGUUAAGGUCACUACUCCCCUGACCGAGGCAUUUGCACAGGCAAGAAAUACAUCAACAACAGUUACCUCAAAUGACCCCACAGUCAAGGUAACAAAGUCACCCCAGGAAAAGGCAGCGCAGACAUUCACACUAUCCACUAUGGAGGCAUCUAGAGUCCCAAUAACAACCACGCAGAGAUCAGCCAUCAUUUCUCCCAAUCAGACCAGAGCAGCAAUAUCAAGAUGGCGAGAGAUGACAGAAUCUUCACAACAAAAGAGCCCAGGUACAACACAAAGGGCGAAGAACAGGCCAAGGGAGACCUCAGUGAAGACUCUGCCACGGACAAAGAGUAACUCUGUCUCUGCCGCGUCAAAAAAGCCCAAUCAAUCAGGCAAUCUUCUCUGCCGUCACCUCAAAGACUUGGAUAACUGUCCACAUAAAAUCCCCCCUUUUGAGAGAAGAUAUGGCUACUACAACAAUGAGUCAAAGAGUAUUUACCAUUGCGACUGUACCCAUAGGUUGUCAGGCCACAUCAGACAUCUAAAGGAUGCCAAAACCAUUCAGACCCUUUUACAAGAUCAUGUGUCUUUGCUCUGUUUUGGAUUGCAGAGUUCCAAAUACUGUAGCAAGAGUACCAGGUGUUCGGCUGUUGUGUUCCCUGCAACCGGCUUGCUGGUGGCUCUGAGGAAAAUGGAUGACGGAGGGGGAGUAAUUAAGCAACAACGUCCAAAGCGAUACAAAAGAAGAACUCCUGUUUUAUUGUUUAAACGCUGUGUGAAGAUAUUGCAAUCAAAAUUAACGUAGCGUUUUAAGAAAAUUAAUCACUUUUGCCUGUUUUUUUUUUUUAUUUAAAUGGAGCUUAAUAAAUGAACGUGUCAAAUAACUUUCUUGCAUCAUUCUCACUUUAAUCAUCUAAUUUAGUCACAUCUAUAACCAAUUGCUUAUUUAAAUUG